CUAAACUUUCGACUUAUUGCCUUAUCAAGUUACCAACUUCAAUCGAUAUCUGUGAAGUGAGUACUGCGGCCAAGAGCCCUGAUCCUGGACCAUGUCAUGCGCAUCUGUAUGUGGUGGGGCAUUUGAAAGUAUUCCAAUCAUUGAUCUGGAGGAUGCAUUUAGCGAAGAUGAAGCUCUACGACGUGCCCUGGCACAACAAAUUCGAAUCGCAUGCAUGGAUGUUGGAUUCUUUUAUGUCAAGAACCAUGGCAUAGCACAGCAUUGUCUUGACGAAGUCCUUAGAGUGAACAAGGAGUACUACUCGUUUCCAGCUGAGGAAAAGAUGAAACUUCACCAUAAGACUGCACUAAAUUUCAAAGGCUAUAGCCCUCCAUUGGAAGCAAACAUCCAACCAGGCAACAAAGGUGACUUACAUGAAGGUUUCCGCAUUGGCUGGGAAGAAAAAUCUGGGGAUCCAAUGGUUCAAAACGCUUCUCGCGAUGGAGUGAUGUCAGGUGCAAAUGUCUGGCCGGAUAGACCUGAAGAUUUUAGAACCGCUUGCAUGGACUAUUAUCACGCUGCCCUUGCCGUCGGAAAGAAGCUGUUUUGCCUCUUCGCGCUGGCGCUCGACCUACCCGAAACGUACUUCGACAACAAGACCGUGCAUUCGGCCGCUACCAUGCGUACCCUCCACUAUCCGCCUCAGCCAGAUGCUGCAGAUGAUAAAAUACUGGGAAUCGGAGCUCAUACUGAUUUUGUGUGUUUCACGAUUCUCUGGCAACAAACAGGCCUUGAGGCUCUCCAAGUUUUGAACUCUCAUGAACAAUGGAUCAACGUACCACCACUGCCAGGAACCCUCGUUAUCAAUCUUGGAGAUCAGUUUGCGCGUUGGACAAACAACAUUUUCAAGUCUACCGUGCAUCGAGCCGCCAACAAGAACAUUAUUGAUCGGUAUUCCAUCGCACUAUUCUUCGGCACUGACUACGAGGUUAACAUUGAGCCAAUCUAUACCUGCGUGACAGCUGAAAGACCAGCAAUAUAUCAGGCCAUCACCGCUGGAGAGUAUGUGAAGCAACGAUUGAAAGCCAUGUAUAAUAAGUAAAUUGUAGUUGCUACUUUGGGAGCAUUUCGGAUACAGGUUUCGGCGAAUAUGAUGUACAAACUUUAUCUUAUUUCGU